CCCCCCCCCCUCCCCCGACCCAAGUGGCAUGUCUUCUUCCUCCUCCUCCCCGCCCCCGAGCAAGCGCGCCAAGACGCUCCCGUCAUGGGGCCCCGCUCCAGACCCGGCUCUGCUGGAUCGCGUGUCCCCGCUCUUCCGGCAGAUCAAUGAUCCGGAGCGGGACCCGCUCAAUCCUCCUGAGGCAAUGCCCGAGUCGGUGACCGAGCCCGGCGUGCUGGAGGCCCACACGCGACCCUUCCCGGCAGCUCGCCUCUUUAAUCUCUUCGAUCAGGCCAUGCUGCAGCAAGUCCGCGAUGAGAUCAAACUCGAGGUGUUCAGCCAGAAGUCCAAUGACCUGUACCACUUCCUGCAAUCGUCCCUGGAUCUGAAGUCCAGCAAGCUUCCUGGUGUUUCCGCCAUUCGGGAUGUCGUCUAUUCGGAGGAGUUCACCGGCAUGAUUAGCCGCCUGGUUGGUGUGCCGCUCGAUAGCAAGCGCGUGGACAUGUCAGCCCACCGCUACGCACAGACGAACUACCUCCUUUGCCAUGAUGACGAGCUGGAUAGCCGUCGAGUGGCGUACAUCAUCUAUUUGGUGGACGAGGACUGGGAUGCGGCCGAUGGCGGUGCCCUGGACAUGUUUGACAUGGAUGAUUCGCGGCAGCCGCGCGCGGUGGCUCGAUCUUUCGUCCCGAAGUGGGGCUCAUUUGCCCUGUUCGAGGUGACCCCCGACUCGCACCACCAAGUGGCCGAGGUCUUGACCGCCUCGAAGGAGCGGAUCAGCAUCAGUGGUUGGUUCCACUCAUGUCGCGAGGCGAACCCGGUGCGCGCGCGGCCGACCCCGGUGUUGGAGAAGCCGGCUGUCUUCCCGCUGGCGGGAACGGCCUCCUCGAAUGCCGAAGCCGCGGAAGACAGCCCGCUUGAUGUGACAGAGUGGAUUAGCCGGCCGUAUCUGUCGGCUCGGAUGGCGGAGAACAUCCGGUCGGCCUUCCUCGGCCAGGGGUCCAUCGAGCUGCGGCAAUUCCUCACCCCGACGGCGCAUGGCCGGGUGCUGGGUGCACUGGCUGCUCGCCGGCGCCGGCUGUGUGAGCCCGGGGCGGCCGACUGCCAAGUGGGGCCGGCCAACCGCCGGCACUUGCGCCUGCUGGGGUCGCUGGGCGAGGGGCCUGGCAGCGCGAAGGAGGCCGAUGCCCUGGACGAGCUGAUGCGUUUGCUGGCCGGGGCGGACUUUGCCCGGCUGGUUGGCAUCCUCACCGGUCUGGCCGAUGGAUCCGGUGCCUCGGCCCUGGCCCACCGCACGGCCGUCUCGUCGUUGAUGUUCUCGCACGGGGACUACACCCUGGUUCAUGACCAUGUCACCGAGCAUGAGGGCCUGGAUUUGGAGCUGUCCUUUGUCUUGCCGCCCCUCGGAGCCGCGGAGGCGGAGCCGGCACUGGACACCGCCUGGCCGGAGCUGGCCGCUGGCGAUGAUGACGACGAUGAGAGCCAGAGUGAGGAUGAAGAUGGCCCGAAGCAGACGUCCGUUGGCGGGGAGCUAGUCUACCUGACCGCCGACGACACACUGCUCUCCUCGGACCCGGCGCCGAACAAUCUGCUGCUGGUUCUGCGCACCGAGGGGGUGAUGCGCUUCACGCGGUAUCUGAGCGUGUUGACGGCCCGCGAUCCGAGCACAGCCGGGACCUGCCCGAAGCUGGUGUCGCGCCCGGUGCCGGAUGGCUACUGCCAUGUGCGUGUGGGGCUGACCUUCAUCCCGGCGACCGAGGAGGCGGAGGAGGAGAGCCAGGAGAAAUAGAGGCCAACCCUGGGUUUGGGAUGGGACCGAUCGGCAAUGUCACCGGACGCGAGAGGUCUCCCUUCCUC